AUGCUGAAGAACCUGGGGUUCACUCCUGUGCUCCCCCUUGACAUGAAGGCCAAGCUCACGCUGGUUUUCAAAAGAUUCGAUAGAUACGCGGUUAACGAACCUGAGUCAGCCAUUGCCGACGAGAUCAUGGCAGCUGCUCCCGACUCCCAUGUCGAAAACGUACACUACCCCCUUAGCCACAGGGAGUCAUCACAUGAUGUUGCCCUGGAGAAGCAACUAAUGAAGAUCCCCCCAGAUCUCCCAACCACCCCAGUGACAGCUCCUAAACCUGACGCCUCAGUUAGGCCAAAGGAGCAACGCCAAAAACAGCCACCAGCAGACCUUCCCAUGGAGGUCCGCCAGAUCUCCUCGGACCUACCACUACAAGACCCCCCCAGGAGAGUCCGCCAUACCUCCCCGGACCCACCACCACCAUCUCCGGAUUAUUCAGUGCGCAUCCGACAUGGAAGGAACCCUUCGACCGCACACAACCGCGCAGUAGCGCAUGUGCUCGGGUCAGGAGAUGACUUCCUGCCAAAGAGUUGCUAUAAUGCCAACCACAGCGCUCAUCCGAGCACAGAGACAUCCAGAGGAAGAUAUCUAGCUCUCAUUGAUGACGACGACCAUGCCCAAAUAAUUUUCUCCUCCGCGACAGUCGAUAUGCUGAAGAACCUGGGGUUCACUCCUGUGCUCCCCCUUGACAUGAAGGCCAAGCUCACGCUGGUUUUCAAAAGAUUCGAUAGAUACGCGGUUAACGAACCUGAGUCAGCCAUUGCCGACGAGAUCAUGGCAGCUCCCCCUGCUAAAUCUCCAGACACUACCCCCUUAGCCACAGGGGAGUCAUCACAUGAUGUUGCCCUGGAGAAGCAACUAAUGAAGAUCCUCCCAGAUCUCCCAACCACCCCAGUGACAGCUCCUAAACCUGACGCCUCAGUUAGGCCAAAGGAGCAACGCCAAAAACAGCCACCAGCAGACCUUCCCAUGGAGGUCCGCCAGAUCUCCUCGGACCUACCACUACAAGACCCCCCCAGGAGAGUCCGCCAUACCUCCCCGGACCCACCACCACCAUCUCCGGAAGAACAUAGCAAAAACAAUUCCCAGAAACCAAAAACCUUUGGGCAUUUCUUGUAA